CAAAGAAAGUCCCACGAUUGCUUGAGAGAGAGGGAGAAAGGAAAAAAAAUAAAAAAUCUAUACAUCUAUUCACUCUCCCUAGUAAAUCGAAGAAACUUCUAGUUAUACCUCUAGCUAGCUAGCCAGCACAAGGAUCAUCUAUCAUUAUGGCCAACGACAAUGAAGUUGGAGGGCAAGGUGGUUUCUCCGCCAAGGACUACCACGACCCACCACUAGCACCAUUAAUUGGUGCGGGGGAGCUCACCCAAUGGUCCUUCUACAGAGCCAUCAUUUCUGAGUUCAUUGCCACCCUCUUGUUGUUGUAUAUCACUAUUCUAACUAUAAUUGGAUACGUUAAGGACAGGGAGGAUUGCGGUGGGGUUGGGUUUCUUGGCAUUGCUUGGUCCUUUGGUGGCAUGAUUUUCGUCCUUGUUUACUGCACAGCCGGUAUUUCAGGAGGGCACAUUAACCCGGCGGUGACAUUCGGGCUGUUCCUUGCUCGGAAGGUCUCACUGGUCCGAGUAAUAUUGUACAUGGCGGCUCAGUGCUUGGGAGCCAUAUGCGGAUGCAGGCUGGUUAAGGCAUUCUCUAGCGCUUACUACAGCGGGUACGGCGGUGGUGUUAACUCGCUUGCCUAUGAAUACAGCAUGGUCACUGGAUUGGCCGCCGAGAUCAUUGGCACAUUCGUGCUUGUAUACACUGUCCUCUCUACCACUGAUUUCAAGAGAAAUGGAAGAGAUUCCCAUGUUCCUGUAUUGGCACCACUUCCAAUCGGAUUUGCCGUGUUCAUGGUUCACCUGGCCACCAUUCCGAUCACCGGAACUGGUAUUAAUCCGGCUCGAAGCUUCGGAGCUGCUGUGAUCUAUGGCGAGGAUAAGGCAGUAUGGGAGGACCAAUGGAUUUUCUGGGUCGGACCCAUCAUUGGUGCCGCAAUAGCUGCAUUCUAUCACCAGUACAUUUUGAGAGGUGCCGCUGCUAAAGUUCUUGGGUCUCCUGUGCUAGGCCUGUGCAGAAAAGCUGAUAACCCGGCCCAUCCGUUCAUCCUCCCUCCGAGAAACACGGUUUGAACUAGCUCCGUUCAUCAUCCCUCCUUUCGUCAUCGCCAGUUUCGAUCGAUCUCCGUCGCCAUAUAUAUGUUUUGUCUCUUUUUGUAACGACUUUUCUCCAUCUGGUUUUCUUCUCUAGGUUAAAAGCUGCUGGUUUCUUGGGAUUUUUGGAUUUUGUUUUGCUUCUUUCAUGGAAAUUAAUACUUCAUGAUGAUGAACAAAUUCUGAUCCAGUGUUUGGUAGCCUGCUUUGGCUUUGCGUACGCUGGGAUUCUUUUCCGUACUUUUUUUUAAUCUUUGUAAGCUCCUUCUCAUUGCCGCAACAAAGGGUCUGUUUGGUUGCCGAGAAGUGGGUGCUCGGGAUUCUUUUUUUGUGGGUAUAGUAUUAAAAGCAGAGUAUGAAGGAAUGAAGAAGAGGUGUUCGAGAGAAUGUUCAAGACAAAGUCUGCUGUCCAAUAGAAAGUGCGGUCUGUUAUACUUUAUUCCUCUGCCAUCGUAGGUUUGCUGCACACAUAUGUAGAGCGGCUGUGUUGCUCUGAAUGGGUCUGAAAUGAGGGAGCAACAAUGCUUAGUACUUCAGCAGAUUGAGAGGAGGCAGAUGCCUUAAUAUAUAGGUAUAGGUACAGCUCCGUUGAAUUUGCUUCUGGGAGAUGAUGCCCUUUUUUUUUGGGUGUGUUUCUCUGAUUUCUUGGUGACUAAACAGAACUCUGUAUAUCGUAAUGGUUUGGUUCAGCUCAGUUGAAAAAUGUGUUUUCUCUGUCGAUAGCAAAGGGUUUGGUUCAACUCCAAGAGUUAAUCGUAAUGGUUUGUGGAAAUAUAGAAGAAAUAUAUUCAGGAAGCUCUAUUUUUGAAUCAUUUUGAUCUCUGUUCAGGUGACUCUCUCUCUCUGUUCUCAUGGUCCUCUGUGUAUUACACCAAGUUUGUUUGUACCUAUGUGGAACAUAUAUGAAUGUCUCUAAGGCUAGCCGAAGGGAUAUGAGAGAUGUUCUUCUGCUC